CACAACCAAAACUAGGUUAUGUAAAUCUUAUAAUAACAAAGUGUAAAGAUUUACAGAAAAUUGUUCAUUAGCUAAAGGUUUUAAUAAAAAAUGGUAUCACCUACGCUUGCAUUGUUCGUACGAUCUAAGGGUCCUGAUGAAUUCUGGCGAAAGCGAAGGAUAUUCAAGCUUGCGGCUCACUUUCGUGGACGAAAACGUAACUGCUAUUCUGUAGCGGUUCGCUAUGUUCACAGAGCUUUAGUGUAUGCCACAAAGGGCCGUAAGCUGAAGAAAAUGGAUAUGGCGGAAUUGUGGAAUAAACGUGUACAAGCCGGUUGUGAACAAUAUGGAAUCACUCUUGAAACAUUCAAGGAGACACUUUCGCGCAACAACAUUUUAUUAAACAAAAAAGCAUUAGCCGAUCUUGCUAUUUGGGAACCAAAGUCAUUCGAAUCGUUAGUUAAAUUAUCCAGAGAGCGUGCUGUUGUCGAUUCAUUACCAGGUUUAAAAGAGCGAUCAGUAAUGAAUCAAGUUUAUGGCUUUGCCAACUUAAAGUUAGAUUAGUAACUAGUGCUUAAAAUAAUUAGCUGACGUACCAUGCUUUAAAAUUUAAAUAAAAAAAAAUAUAUUUCCAGAAACAAAGCGUAAAA